AUGAGUUCUAACAAUCUUCUCAGCAAUACCCGCGUCGUCCGCGCCAGCUACGCUAACAAGUCUCAUGUAACUAAGGCCCAGUUCAGGGUCGAGACCCAUCGAGAUAUCGACCUCGGUAGUGUCAAACCAGGCGAGGUCAUCCUUCGUAACCUUUACCUCUCGCUCGAUCCUUAUGUCCGACUCACGCUGGACGAGACUGGCGCCAACGUGCCAGCCGCUUGGCGUCAACUGAACGUCCCUUUUUACGGCCUCGGCAUCGCCGAGGUCGUCGCUUCAGGGGUCGUAAAAUACCCCGUCGGCGCUCUGGUUUCGGUCAACACUGGCUAUGAGCAAUACACGCGCGUCUCCGGACUGGACGACCCCAAGACGCAGACGGAUAUUCGUAUGUUGCCUGCGCAUGCGCGAGAUGAGUCCAGGGGCGUGCCACUUUCGAAUUAUAUUAGUGCAUUAGGCAUGCCUGGGUUGACGGCGUACGCAGGGUUGAAGGUUUUGGGAGUCCAGUCUGGGAAGACCAUCUUUGUGGGAUCGGCUGCGGGGGGCGUGGGUCAGCUCGUCGGCCAGCUAGCCAAGAUCCAGGGACUUACAGUUAUUGGAUCAGCCGGCACGGAUGAGAAGGUCGCAUGUUUGGUCGAGAAGCAGCAUUUUGACGGUGCAUUCAACUACAAGACCGAGAACAUCCGAGAGGCGUUGACACGUCUGGCACCUCAGGGUAUUGACUACUACUACGACACCGUCGGAGGUGAAACCCUGGACAUUAUGCUGGACCUGAUCAACGAAAAGGGUAAGAUCCUGUCUGUGGGUAUGAUCUCGCAGGAGAACGGCGAGGAGGCUUACCCAAUUCGCAAUCUCAGAUUGAUUGCAAGCAAGGGAGUGUCGAUUCUAGGAUUUAUUUACUGGCAUCAUUUAGAGUACUUUGAGAACGGUGAGUUGGACGCGACAUUGAGGCCAUUGCUGGAGCGUAAGGAGAUUUAUUAUCGGGAGGAGGUGUUUGAGGGCAUUGAAAAUAUACCGGAACACUUUGUGAAUAUGCUGGAGGGCAAGUAUGCGGGCAAGGUGAUCAUCAAGAUUGCGGACUUGUAG